AUGUCCAAUCGUAAAGCGUACAGCGGCUCUCAACGCCGCCUGGUUCUCGCCCUUGACCUCGGUACCACGUUCAGUGGUGUAUCUUUCGCCAUACUUGAUCCCGGGAAGGUACCCAAGGUUCACACCGUUUCGCGGUAUCCAGGACAGGAAGCGGGAGAUGCAAAGAUCCCGACCGUCAUAUACUAUGACAAGCUCGGCCGCGUCGUCGCAGCUGGCGCCGAGGAGCCUCAAACAAUGGACGAUGGGUCCGACUCCGAAGAUGGGUGGGAGGAUGAGCCGCUGAAGUUGGAAUGGUUUAAACUACUUUUGCGGCCGCAGUCUGCAUCGACAAAUGACACGCCUAUUCCCGUGCCGCAACUUCCCGCCUCGAAGUCGAUUGUCGAUGUGUACGCCGAUUUCUACGGCUACUUAUUCAAGUGCGCGCGUACGUUCAUUCAGCAGACCUAUACUGCACUUGGCGAACUUAUGUGGGAAUCGGUCGAAACCGACAUUCACUUCGUUUUGACUCACCCGAAUGGUUGGGGUGGUUCUCAACAAAGCGCAAUGCGUCGUGCUGCCGUGCAGGCUGGCUUAGUGCCCGAUGGUCCCAGCGGACAUACUCGUAUCACCUUCGCGACUGAAGGCGAAGCGAGUUUACACUACUGUCUCGCAAGCGAUCAUGGGUCAACCAACAUCCAGGCCGGGAAGAAGGUCAUGAUCAUCGAUGCCGGUGGUGGUACAGUUGACAUCAGCACGUACGCGUUCAAGUCUACAACUCCUGUCACGAUUGAGGAGAUCGCUAUCCCUGCUUGCCUGCUACAAGGUUCGGUCUUUGUCCGCAAACGCGCUGAGGAUUACAUACGCGCGAAGCUUAGAAACUCUGCUAAGUUCAGCGGAGACGUGUACGUACAAGCCAUAACGAAUGAAUUCGACAGAACGGCCAAAAAACGAUUCAAAGGGACGUCAGACGCAAGCGUGAAGUUCAGCAACCUCAUAUCCGACCGUGAUCAAGCCGUUGGCAUUCGUAAUGGGGCGAUCAAAUUGACCAAGGAGGAAUUGAGCGGAUUCUUCGAUCCAGCUGUGACCGCCAUUGUUGAAGCCGUGCUUUCUCAGCAUCUCCAAGCGUCUCCCCAGCAUGGCCAAGUUCAAACACAUUUUCUGGUCGGCGGCUUUGCCGCAAGCGAGUAUCUCUACGAACAGCUUCAAAAGCAGCUCAAUGGUGACGGCCUGUCAUUGUUUCGCCCAGACGCGCACACGAACAAGGCCGUGGCCGAAGGCGCCGUCUCCUUCUAUGUUGACCACUUCGUGUCCACUCGUAUUGCGCGAUUCAACUACGGCACCAAUUGCAACAACCCUUACCAGCCUGAGAAAGCUAGUCACAAAUCCCGUGCGGAUCUUGCAUAUGUUGGCGUGGACGGUGUGCUAAGAUUGAACGAGUUUUGGUACGAUAUUUUGGACAAGGGGACUAGUGUAUCGGAAACGACAGAGUUUCGGAAGAGCCUCCGAUUCAUGCAGGCUUCGUGCCCUGGCCAGGACGAACCGGUAUCCACGACGUUUUACGCGCAUCCUUCUGAUACCGAAGUCCCUGAAUUCAUCGAUGCGUCAUUCUCCGUACUAUGCAAAGUAACGGCUUCUCUGAACGGUGUUCCCGUCUCGCAUUCGCGCGGACAAAAUGGGCACUUCUAUUAUCAGAGAGCGUAUGACGUUGUGCUGUCUUUCGGCUUGACCGAGCUGAACGCGCAGAUCGCUUGGAAGGCGAACGGUAUUGAGCAGCGGAGUCCUGCGACAAUCAUCUACGAUGAUGACUUCGCCGUAACGGUGGCAGGGCCAUGA